GGGGGGCGGGGGGGGCGGGAAUCCUCUCGUUGUUCGGGCCAGCCAGAUGGACUUGCUUAUGGAGGAAGAGGUAGGCACAGGGGAGAGUUCUCUGGAGGAAAAAGUCCCCGCUCAGCGACGGGUCUCGUUCAAACCGGGCGAUCCCGUCUCGUUACGCGAGGUGGCUCCGCGCUCAGACGCAGACGACGACCGUACAGGAGACCACGAGACGACCGACGAUCCUGGCAAGUACCGUGGCCGUUCGCGUUCUGAAGUAGCCCCGACGGUAUUAGAGAGGUUCCUCGUGACCAGAGAGAGAAAAUGGAGCGUGACGGUGGCCUCGCUAGUGGCCGCCAUACCGGCGUUUCUGUUGGGACUAACUCUCGGGUACCCGUCCAACGCACUCCUGGAUCUCACAGGGGAGGCUACGGAACUGCCUCCUGAAUUCUUUUUCUCCACUGCGGCCCUGUCUUUAUUCACUUCACUGGCUCCACUGUGUGCCAUAUUUGGUGGUCCAGUCGGUGGCUGGAUCUCGGAUCACUGGGGAAGAAAGUGUGGCUUGAUGUUCUGCGGUGUGCCCUACCUCAUCGGCUACCUCAUGCUCAGCUAUGCCCACUACUCUGCGACUGCCACUGUCUUCAAUGCCGUGCUCUUCAGUGGACGAGCUCUGGCUGGAUUUGGAAUGGGAUGGGCAUCUGCUGUCUCACCCGUAUACACAGGUGAACUCUGCUCUGCUAAGCUAAGGGGGGUAUAUGUCAACUUUUUCCCCGUUUUUCUCACGACUGGAAUCUUGUUCAACUUUGUCCUUGGAGCCAUAGACAACUUUCGCUACUACGACACGUCACUGGUGGCGGUUGGGAUUGUGGCACUGUUUGAGGUGCUGAUGUUCUGGCUUCCAGAGACCCCGAGAUGGCUGAUGGCGCAAGGAUAUGCGGAGCGUGCAGAGCACGUCUUGCUUUGGCUCAGGGGAAAGAAGAUUGGCAUAGACAAAGAAUUAGAGGACAUGAAAAAAUCCCUCUCGAAAAAGAAAACAAAUGUUUGGAAAGUCUUUCGACAGCGAAGGGUGUUUCAACCACUAGUAUACCUCCUGAUCCUCUUUUUUGUUCAGCAAAUGGGAGGGGUAAAUGGAAUUACCCCCUUUGCUGGCCUCAUUCUUAGCGACGCUGGGUUGAGUAACCCACGGACAACUUCCAUCUAUGCUGUUGGACUAUCAGGGUUCGUAGGUCUAGCAGUUUCUAUUGUACUCGUUGAUCUAAUCGGGAGGAAGACCCCUCUCAUUAUUAGUGAGAUAGGACAGUUCGUGGCAAUAGUAAUGCUAGGUAUCCACGCCUACAUCACUCGCCCUUCUCUCUGUGACUUCAGUACCUCUGAUGCAAUGCCGUGCAACCCUCAGUUCCAGUACAUGGCUCUUGUGAGCAUCAUCGGUUUUGCACUCUCCUUCACUUCCGGUGCAAACUCAGUCCCGUACGUGCUUCUUGCAGAGUUUAUGCCUCUCUCGGUGCGUGGAAAGGCCAGUGGUAUAGUGGCUGCCAUGACUUGGGGUUGUUCUGCCCUUUUUACGGGGCUUUAUUUCGAGUUCAGAGAGUGGAUAACUCCCUGGUUCACUCUUUGGCUCGUUGCAUUAGUCAACCUCAUAGGUGUUGUAUUUAUCGUACUUAUUAUUCCGGAGACAAAGGGAAAGAAGUUGGAAGAACUGGAGAAUGUGUUUGUAAAGAGACCAGACACGGUGGAAACUGUUUUAUGAUGCAUGAUUAUAAAAUCAUAAUUUCCACACCUUAGUUUGUCAUUAUUAACCCUCGGCGCGCAUGCGCAGCGAGGGUUGGUUUGUCCGUCUGUCUGUCCGUCUGUCUGUCCGUCUGUUACCACGUUUUCUGCCACCACGCACAACAAACAGGUAAAAUAGCGACACCAAC